AUGUUUCAUCUUAGCUUGGUUAAUUUGUUUGUCCUAGUCAACUCUGAAGUAUGUACCAAAACAGAUCCAUACGGCCGAUGUUCGACAAAUAGUGCUUGUGGAUGCUUUCCAAUGGCAGGUGCUCAGAAUGCUGGCGUUUGUGCAUUUCUCUGGAAGUUUUGUUCUCAACUCAUUCCAUGCGAAUCAUCACAAGAUUGUUCACAACCAGAUCAUAUCUGUGUCCAUCACCAUCGAUGUAACCAUCGCCCUGUUUGUUAUCCCUUGCUGAUGGCCAAUGAAGCUAUCUGUCCGCCAAUAUCACCCAUAACAAGCACUACGACUACCCAAAUCCUAGAGACUACAACCACAAGUAUAAAAUUGAACAACUGGGAACAAAAUGGUCAGACUGUUGCAGGAGGAAAUCAAAAAGGGGACAAUUUAAAUCAACUUUAUGCCGCCCAGGGAAUCUUCAUUGAUCAGAAUAACGAUCUUUUCGUUGCUGACACUCAGAAUAAUCGCAUUAUGAAAUGGAAACCAAAUGCGACUGAAGGAACGAUUGUUGCUGGUGGAAAUGAGACAGGAAAAGGAAUAGCUAAACUGAAUAGACCUACUGAUAUUAUUGUUGUUUCACAAGAUAAUUCAUUGAUCAUUGCUGACUGGGGCAACUGGCAGGUAGUUCAAUGGUUCAAUCAAACUUAUCAAGAAGUUCUCAUCCAAAAUAUCAUUUGUCAUAGCGUGAAAAUUGAUAAAUAUGGAUUUCUCUAUGCUUCUGAUUUAAACAAUCACGAAGUGCGACGAUGGAAGAUGGGAGACGUCAAAGGGAAAAAAGGAACAGUAGUUGCUGGUGGAAAUGGAAUAGGAAGCGACUCGAAACAUUUGAAUAAGCCCACUUUCAUUUUCGUCGAUGAUGAACAAUCAGUUUAUGUCAGUGACUGGGGAAAUCAUCGUGUCAUGAAAUGGGGAAAAGAUGCAAGAUAUGGAAUACUCGUAGCCGGUGGAUAUGGAAAAGGAAGUCGUCUUAGUCAGUUGGAUAGUCCGAGUGGGCUGUUUGUUGACCAUGCUGGUCAUACUUACAUAGCAGAUUAUAAUAAUCAUCGAGUNAAUAAGCCCACUUUCAUUUUCGUCGAUGAUGAACAAUCAGUUUAUGUCAGUGACUGGGGAAAUCAUCGUGUCAUGAAAUGGGGAAAAGAUGCAAGAUAUGGAAUACUCGUAGCCGGUGGAUAUGGAAAAGGAAGUCGUCUUAGUCAGUUGGAUAGUCCGAGUGGGCUGUUUGUUGACCAUGCUGGUCAUACUUACAUAGCAGAUUAUAAUAAUCAUCGAGUGGUACGUUGGAGUCAAGGAAAGAGAGAAGGUGAACUGAUUGUUGGUGGCAAUGGGAUUGGAAAUCAAUCAAAUCAACUGAACAUAGCCAGUGGUGUAACAUUUGAUGUAGAAGGAAAUCUUUACGUCACUGAUUAUUUUAAUCAUCGAGUGCAAAAAUUUGGUUUAAUUUCUCAAUAA